AUGCGAUCUUCAUGGGCUGAUUCAGUUGCGAACGCCGAGGAAUCGGCGCCCGCUACUGUUACUGCUACUGCCCCUACUGUUAAUCAUCAGAACUCGCGCCCCACCCUCAGCGCGUACGUUCCUCCCCACCUUCGUGGCCGCUCUGGUGGUCCUCUCCCUGAGAACAAAGCAGUCCCUGCUGCGGCUCCUGCACCAGCUGACGUAAGGCCUGCUGCAGUGCAGCCUUCUGGUUACGCAGCUGUUGUUGGUGGCGGCUCUCGUUGGGCAGGCCCUACUGUUGGUGGUGGUGGCGGUGGCGGUGGCGGUGGUAGCGCCAUAGUUGGUCCUCGCCAGGGUGGUGGCGGUCAAGGCGGCGGUUGGAACUCCCGACCUGGGUGGGACCGUAGAGACCGUGAACCAAACCCUUUUGCCAACACCGAGGCUGCAGAUGUUGAUUUCGAGAGUCAGGAGAAUACAGGCAUCAAUUUUGACGCCUAUGAGGAUAUUCCUGUUGAGACAAGUGGCCAUGACGUCCCUCCACCAGUCAAUACCUUUGCAGAGAUUGAUUUGGGUGAGGCAGUGAAUGAGAACAUACGGCGGUGCAAGUAUGUGAAGCCAACACCGGUACAGCGACAUGCCAUUCCUAUCGCCAAUGCAGGUCGGGACCUCAUGGCUUGUGCACAGACAGGGUCUGGAAAGACUGCAGCCUUCUGUUUCCCUAUCAUUAGUGGGAUCUUGAAGUCAAGGGACUCAAGGCCACCCCAGAGGCGAGGUUCCAGGAUUGCUUGCCCUCUGGCGCUGAUACUAUCCCCUACUCGUGAGCUAUCUAUGCAAAUUCAUGAAGAAGCAAGGAAGUUUUCAUACCAAACUGGUGUGAGGGUGGUUGUUGCAUAUGGUGGAGCACCAAUCCAUCAGCAGCUGAGGGAACUGGAAAGGGGUGUAGAAAUCCUUGUGGCAACUCCUGGUCGUUUGAUGGAUCUGCUGGAGAGAGCCAGAGUGUCACUGCAAAUGAUAAAGUACUUAACUCUUGAUGAAGCUGAUCGAAUGCUCGAUAUGGGCUUUGAGCCACAGAUCCGCAAGAUUGUUGAGCAGAUGGAUAUGCCCCCUCGUGGUGUGAGGCAGACUAUGCUGUUUAGUGCUACUUUUCCAAAAGAAAUCCAGGGGCUGGCUUCAGAUUUCCUUGCUGAUUACAUAUUCCUUGCUGUUGGAAGAGUUGGUUCCAGUACUGAUUUGAUUGCUCAGAGGGUUGAGUUUGUUCUUGAGGCAGACAAAAGAAGUUACCUUAUGGACCUUCUUCACGCACAAAAAGCUAACGGCACCCAUGGAAAGCAAUCUCUUACUUUGGUAUUUGUGGAGACAAAGAGGGGAGCUGAUGCUCUGGAGGACUGGCUGUUUAAAAACGGGUUCCCUGCAACAAGCAUUCACGGUGACCGAACACAACAGGAAAGAGAGUAUGCAUUGAGGUCCUUCAAGAGUGGAGCAACACCCAUACUUGUUGCAACUGAUGUGGCUGCUCGUGGACUUGACAUACCUCACGUUGCUCAUGUCAUCAAUUUUGACCUCCCAAAUGAUAUAGAUGACUAUGUUCAUCGUAUUGGGAGGACAGGACGAGCGGGGAAAUCUGGUCUAGCUACUGCCUUUUUCAAUGAGGGCAACCUAUCGCUAGCAAGGCCAUUAUGUGAUCUAAUGCAGGAGGCUAACCAAGAGGUUCCAACAUGGCUUGAGCACUAUGCUGCCCGUUCUUCAUACGGUGGUGGUGGUGGCGGUGGUAGAAAUCGCCGAUCAGGUGGUGCUCGAUUUGGUGGCCGUGACUUCCGCCGUGACCGGGACUUCAGGGGAGGAGGCGGUGGAGGAGGAUACAGCGGCGGUGGUGGUGGAUAUGGUGGCGGCGGUUAUGGUGGUGGUGGUGGUGGAUAUGGCGGCGGCUACGGUGGUGGUGCAACUAGUUCCUGGGACUAG